AAAACAAGUGUCACCUGGCACGAAAAUCGCCGCUGAAAUGUCAGUUAUAAGCGCGGCCGUUGGUUGUGUGUGCGUUACGGAAUUUCGUUGCGCAAUUAUUUCCUCGUUUCGAGCAAAAUCCAGCACAAGCAACACCCGUUUUUGUAAAGUACCAGGCUGAUAAUGGGACAAUUCAGUAUCAACGCGCUGUAACGCCCAGAAAGUGCGCGUUUCGUCGAUGUAGGAAAAAUGCACAUUCGGGCCAUCGUCAUAUGGGAGCCAUCUUGUUGUGUUUAUGUACCAAGGCACAACGUAAACACGAACAUAAUAUUACGAUAACUUUGUGCUGCACUGCAUUUUCAAGUUAGGAGCUUCGCAUCGAUGUAGCCAAAAUUACCGCUGGCGCAUUUAUAAUGUUCAUCGGUGGAGUUUUACUACUGGAGGUGAACUACUGAAGAUGGCCAGUAGUGAGGGACAGACGGAACUCCUCAGUGGCUGGUCCUGCGUGGUGCAUCAACCCAGUGAAGAUCCGGAACCCUCUGAGUUGCCAAGCACUGUUGAUAUCACUGCAUUCAGUGGGGGCCUUAAUGUUGAACCAGCAGGAAGUGCAAAUGCUGCAAGCCAACCACCAGAUGACUCAGACUCUGAUUCUGAAUCGGGCUCACAUGGAUCUGGAUCUGGUUCCGGUUCGUGUUCGGCAUCAGACAGUUCUGAUUCCGAUAGCUCUUCAACAAGUACAACUACAUCACGCUCACGUUCGCCAUCACCAGAGUUCUCAGUAACGUCGCAGUCAUUAGGUCUUCGCAUGACUAUCGCCAACGUGCGCAAACUAGGCCCAGAAUUAGCUCCUAGUCCUGGUGAAUGCAGCAAGGAUAAACGUCUCAGCAGUAGCGCUUCGGAAAGUGGCGAUAGUUCCGAUUCCGAUUCGAGCGUGUUAACUGCCGAACCGAAAAUUAGUAGUACAAAUAAUAAAAGUGUACCGAGCAGCAAAAGUGCGCCCGUUUCAGCAGCGGCGGUUAAUUCAAGCGUUGAUAACAACAAAAAUGUCGCGCCGCCGCCUGUACAGACGAGGAGUACGCGAGUGCGUCGCCCGCCUCCGCCACCCCGGAAGGCAGUGGUUAGAAAGGACACCAAAGACAAUGUGUCGCCAAGAGUUCUUCGGGAACGUGCCAGACUCAAACGGAAAAAGAUGGCGGCCCUCCCACCAUCCCGAAGCUCAACCCGAUCGAGUUCAGAUUCCCAAGACUCUGAUGCAGAUAGUGUGAUGCUGCCGUCACAUAUGUUGUGCAGCUUGCAGGAGAUACGACAAGAAGACUUGGCGGCUAUCCUACCAGAUCAACAGGAGUGCGAUGCGUUUGAUGCGUUCGAAGAGAACGCAAAGAGUUCACCGCAAGCCGGUGAUGCAUCCGCUUCGGAUAUUGAGUUGCCGCAGCAGGCUGUCAAUGCAAUCAUCCAACGCACUACUGAAAGUUACAGUGAAUCUGAAUCACAUCCGCCCCCAAGCACGAAUCUCUUUGCAAAUAGUCUUAUACAGCAGUUUCAUAUUGUCAAUUCAGGUCAGGAUAAUGGUAAGUCCGCAAAGCCGGGGAACCGGAUAAGAAGAAACGUGGACGGCCCAAAAGGUUGUGAAAAAGAGAACCCACUGGAAUACUGUGGAGAUCCGAAUGUUUCUCCAGAUUCUGGUAUUCAAAAUAGUCCUGAUCAUGUUAGUAGUCCGGAGUGCAGUCCUUCUCCGCUGAAGAAUAAAUAUUCUGAAGCAAAAACAAAGUCUGGUACUAAGAAGGAACCGCUUGCAAAAAUGACGGUGACAUCAAAUCGUUUUGAUCGGAUACUCUACGGACAUUCGGAUAGAGUUUUGUAUCCACCACGCAGAAAGGUAGGAAGGCCUGUUGUUAAGAAAGGUCCUGGCAGGCCGCCAAAAAAUAAAUCUUCUUGUGAAAACAAACCCAAGUCCCCCAAAGCAACCGAAACAAAACCCAAGGGUACCAAUAAAAAGAAAGAGGUGCUCCAAACGAGUAAUCAACCCGCAAUCGGUACAAUAGAAAAAUCCAAAGAGAAAACAACACAUCUGAAUGAGAUAUGCGAACGCAUCAGCAAACGACUGGAGGACAAAACUAAAUCAGUGUCCAAACCGAAAGUAGUUCUUGCGACCAAAAACGGCAAACAUCAGUAUUUGACCGUAAAGAACGAGAAACUGAUGCAUAGUAAACACAAGCACCGGAAACAUAAAAAGUGCAAAUUUAAAAUACUCAAACCGUUGACGUCUCCCCAACAGGUAGAUCCAAAGUUGACUGGGGAGAUCGACAAGAUGGUGCAGGAGUUCUUCAGGUUAUGUUGUAUCUCUCCUGUGGUGAAGCCCGCCAAAGAAAACGUACCCGAAGUACUCAAAGGACUGAAGAAGGUUUCGAAGAAGCGCAAAGUUUCCGACUACAAUGCGCAAAAGAAGAAAGUGGUCACAGAGACAACCAGCCCCAAUGAACAGCGAUUGCCAUUGAAGAAGCGUCACUAUCACCUGACUAGUACAAAUAGUGUUGUUUGCGAGAGCAAGGAAGAAGAUGUGCCCAUGGAGGAAACACGUGAAAUUAAAGAAGAAGCGAAGUUUAAUAAUAACGACUACGAUUUGAAGACAUCACAUAUUGAUGAAGCAAUUGAAGCAUGCAUCAAUAAAUAUGCCGGAGAGGUAACUCCCAUCAAACAGGAUAAAACUGAGUCAAUUGAGCUGGAAACGUCGGAAGAUAAACCUAUGACAACACCAAAGAAACGUCAUAGGCUGGAACAAUUCAGUCCGGAAUCAUGCAUGGAGGAGAGUAAAGAAAGUCUGGAGACCGUGGUCAAUGAAAUCAGAAUGAAAAGAAAUCUCAAUUCAACCGGGAAGAAGAGCAAUGACCUGCUGGCGAAUUUGAAGAAAAAGACUAAAUUAGACGAGUUGACUUCGAAUCUCUCGUCGAAGUUGGUUGAAGCCGAGGAGGCGAAGCGCAAGAAGGAUCUGAAAGAUGAAACACCAACUGGCAUUUUCCUGCCAACGGUUGAUCUACCAUUGGAACCUAUCAAACCUACCAUCCAGGAAGUAAGUGCUGUACCGGAAUCAAUACCUGCUAUCGUCAAAACGGCGAAUAUUAAAGAAGUUAAGCGGAAAGUACGCAAACGGCGAGCCAUCAACCGAACUGGUUUCCCCACAGUGAAGAAAAAGAAGAAGAAAAUUGUGCCAUCUGUUAACCAAACCACCCUAGUAUGUGAUCGAGUGCCUAAGGAAGGCGAAGAGUAUUCGUCUUUCGUUGAACGAACUGAAAUGCCUAAACCCGAUGAUAUUGAAGAAGACGAUGAAGUAAGCGGUGUGAAAUGGGAAGCGAUCAGUGAGUGCGACAGUUUGCCGCAAGAGGAUCGAAUUGAUUUCGAUAUUAAAGCAGAGCGCACCUCGCUCAAGAGUCGGAAUGAAUCUCCUAUGACCACGAGCAGUAUUGAAGAUGUAUCUUUGCAUGAACGACUUGCGAAGUUAAGACAGCCGAAGAAGUUUGAUAGGAAGUUGAAGCAUUUACGAGAUGUUAGUCCGGCGAGUGUGGAGAGUUCCGCAUCAGGGGAUGAUGCUAAACGGACAAAGAAACCUCCCCGAUGGAGGAAGAAAUAUUUACCAGCUGGGUUAUUCUCUGAUUAUUACAAGGAGGAUGAAACAAAGCGUCAGGAUGUGCCGAAAAAAUUACAAUACGUUCCUGAAGAACAUCCCUAUGGACUUCUGCCUGCGCCUUAUCAUUGUGGUAAAUAUUUACGUUGUCGAAAGAUACCCUUCCAACUUCCUUAUGAUUUAUGGUGGCAACAUACUCACUCACAACUACCUGGUCGCGACAUUGUCCCGAGUUGGAACUACAGGAAAAUUCGUUCAAAUAUGUACAAUGUUAAGAAUACUUUGAAUGCAUGCGAACCGCAGGCUUGCAAUUGUUCCCCGACUGCAAACUGUGGCGAUGAUUGUAUUAACCGUUUGGUCCUUGCUGAAUGUCCUGCAUCACACAAAUGUAAUAACCAAAGAAUUCAACGUCAUGAAUGGGCGCCGGGGUUGGAGAAGUUUAUGACCGAACACAAAGGCUGGGGGAUCAGGACCAACGAGCCGAUUAAAUCCGGCGAGUUUAUUUUGGAGUAUGUCGGUGAGGUUGUCUCUGACCAAGAGUUUAAGGAACGCAUGGCAACACGGUAUGUUCAUGACACUCAUCAUUAUUGUCUGCAUUUGGACGGUGGGCUUGUUAUUGAUGGCCACCGAAUGGGCGGAGAUGGUAGGUUUGUUAAUCAUUCUUGCGAGCCGAAUUGCGAGAUUCAAAAGUGGUCUGUGAAUGGACAAUUCCGCAUGGUAUUGUUUUCAUUGCGCGAUAUAAAUGAAGGCGAAGAAUUGACCUACGAUUAUAAUUUCUCAUUGUUUAACCCAGCCGAUGGUCAGGAAUGUAAAUGUGGUAGUGAUGAUUGUCGUGGUGUUAUCGGCGGGAAGUCUCAACGGGUGCGACAAAAUCAAGCACUUGCUAUGCAGAAUGCCCAAACGUCAGCUAGGGUAGGCCGACCAAGAAAAACCCUGGCGAAGAAAGCCGCGAGUAAUGUUAAGCUUGCCAAUCAAACUACACAACAAGCGAAUACUACAAUUGUGCCACCCAUUAAGAUAAGUACAACGCAACAAGUGUUUAUCAAAGAACAUCAUUGCUUCCUUCUUCGCAAUUUGAAACGAAUCAAGAAACUUCGAGAUCGAUCUGAUGGUAGUAAUAGUUCUGUACCACGUGCGCAAACUUCAACACCUACAAAUCAAGGCGCUGUGUUCUUAAAUCAAUUGAACGCACUUCGUCAACCUAGGAAUAUGAUAACGCGUCGGGUAGCACAGGCAGAAGAUGAUCCCGAGUUGAAGAAAACAGUACGCCUGGCAAAUGUACUCCGGAAUAUUUACAACGUGAUUGUAGACGCGAAGAAUGAACUUGGUGAGAAAUUAAGCGCGCCAUUCAUGCUUCUACCACCUAAGCGCAAACAACCUGAUUACUAUCUGAAGAUUACCGAUCCUAUUGAUUUGACGACUAUUGAGCAAACUAUAACGUCGGGCACAUACAAAACAUUUGAGAGUUUUGAUCAUGAUAUCAAUAGGUUGUUUAACAACGCGACUAAGUUUUACGGAAGGUCUGAUGAUACUGGCAUAGCUUCAACUAAACUGAAAAAAGUCUACAAUGAUUGUAAAAUGAAUAGCAUGCCUGAUAUUGAAAAGGUUUUGGGUGUUAAACCGCCUACGAAAUUCAUGUCGAAUAAAAAGAAGAAUGAAGAAGAAGAUAUCAUACGAUGUAUUUGCGGGAUGUACCGGGAUGAGGGUUUGAUGAUACAAUGUGAGCGAUGUUUGGUGUGGCAGCAUUGUGAAUGCGUGAAGGCGGAUGACAACGCGCCCAGUUAUCACUGCGAGCAGUGCGUGCCAAGAGUCGUCGAUUAUGAAAUCGCCUUGGAUGAGUACACCGAACACAAUCAUCAGUAUUAUAUGACUUUGAUGCGCGGUGAUCUUCAACUGCGGCAAGGUGAUACCGUGUACGUGCUGCGUGACAUUGCCAUUCCCGGCACGGAAAAGAAGCACACGUACGAUACGAUCGGCGAUAUUAAAUACACUGAUUUGGAUAUUUUCCGAAUCGAGCGUUUGUGGAAGGAUUCCAAAACGGGCCAACGAUUUGCCUAUGGUCAUCAUUAUUUAAGACCGCAUGAGACCUACCACGAACCUUCUAGAAAGUUCUUUUCGAACGAAGUGAUGAGAGUGCCUCUAUACGAAGCUGUGCCAGUAGAAUUAAUAAUUUCGCAUUGUUGGGUUAUGGAUUUGAAUACUUAUUGCAAGGGAAGGCCGAUUGGCGCUCCCGAAGAGCAUAUUUACAUCUGCGAGUACCGCGUGGACAAAAACGCGCGACUGUUCAGUAAAGUCUCCAAAUCCAAGUUUCCGAUUUGUUGUAAGAGCUAUGCAUUUGAGCGGUUCCUAGAGCGCCGCAAGGUGUCGCGGACAUACACUCCGCAUGAUUUGGAUCCAGCAUUUGUAAAACAACGCGGGCGUAAGCCGCAUGAUAGCGGUGAGGAGGCGAAACCCGCGGAUACUCAAGUUGCAACCGUAGCUGAACCAAUAAUUAAGACUGCUGCAGAUAAAAAGCGCGCGUCAAUGCGAUCCUGCUAAAGUUAUUGAGCAAAUUACCCACAAAGCAACCAUUGGAUGUGACUUAUUUACUUGAGGGCGGCCGGCGAAGGAAGAAUCGCGAUGACAAAAAAUAAGAUCUGACUUAUAUAUUCAUAUUACUAACAUCACACGGUUUUUCGUUUCAAAAAUUCAUGAUUAUUUAUUUUUUGACGACUAGUCAUAGUAGUUUUCUUACUUACGUUAUCUCAGAAAGCGCGUGUAAAUCAAAAUCUUGUUAAAACGUCUUCGAUCUGUUAGUUAUACGUUGGUUAUCAUGUAUGAUGUUUUUGUAAAAUAGUGUUGUUUAAAGCCAUAUACAAAGUGUCAGCGGAGAAAUCUGAAAUCUAGAGCGUAUAGGAGAGGUAUUGAUAAUAAUUUUAGGUUUAAUCCCAGUGAUUUUUUAUUUUCAUAGUAUUAUGUGGUUGCAUUAAUUUAUUUCCGUAGAUGAUUUUUUGAUCCGUACCUUUUGAAGCGACAAAAACAUGAGCCCUACACAUGGCGUACAAUUACGAUAUUUUACUGAACGAUUUAUGGACAUGUUUUAAAAAGAUGUCUUAUUAAUACAAGUAUAUUUAUACCUCUAGUUUUAUGAGAAUAAAAACUUGUUAUAUUUUUUAUCAUUAUGAA